UCCGCUCUGUUCAACUUCGAAUCUCUCCUACUCGUAAUUCUCCUCAUGAUUUGCACCUGCACAUACGUGCGUGCUGUAAUGCCAAGCUUGACGGAUAGGAACAAGGAAGGGUUUUUGGGCGUUUUUUGGAAGUGCGCGAGGAUAGGGGAGAGACUGUCACCAUACGUUGCUAUUGCAUGUGUAGUCAUGGCUGUCCACAUGCUCAUCAAAUGA